UAAAUAAGUAUAGCUAUAAUAACUAACUAAAUUAACGAAACAUCUCUAAACUAAAAUAAUAAUAUCUAUCUAUUAUUCAAUUUAUUUAUAAAAUAUUUUUUAAGUACGUUUUUUAUUUCGUUAAUAGUUUUUGUUAUAUCAUAAUUAUAAUAAGUUAUGGGUAUAGAAAACAUGCGACGCUGGCCGAUGUACAUUGUCUUCGCGUUAUGCAUCUUACUUUUACUUUCACUGUUCAAUAGUUGGAGUAUGGAAGCUGAAUUGCGAAUUAGAGUUGCAGAAAUUAGCACACAGCUUCAGGAAUGUUCAAAGCAACAGACAUCGUGUAUGGAAGAGUCGCUCACACUACUGGAACAGAGAGAUGGGUAUGUAAGCAAAGUUAACGAUUUAGAUAAACAGAAAAUUAGACUAUCCGACGACGUUUCUGAGUAUAAAAACAAGAUUUUGAAAUCGGAAAAGGAAUUCAACCGAACGCGCGUCGAUUUAGAAUUUUGUAAGACUGAGUUACAGUCUCUGCAAAACUUACAAUUAAGUAAAUCUGCUACAUUAGAGACUUUGAGGCUAGAAAAGGACACAUUAACAACACAGUUGACAGAGAGGAAACAGAAAAUUGAAGAUUUGGAAAAAGAAAUUGAACGGUUGAAAUCUGCAUUAACAACUAAAAGUGCAGCUGCAGUUCCUUCUAAGGUGACUCCAGCUGCGCUACCUCCGAAGUUAAGCCCAGCACUUAAUGUCCACAAUCCUAUUAAUGAGCCUGUUAUUGAAGACAAUGCAGCUAAAGAAGACUUAGAAGAUACAAAUGCUAUUAAUGAGGCUCCAGAUUUUGACCCUCAAUUCUAAUAGACUAUGUAUGGUCUAGGCAUGCCAUAUAACUGACUGAAUAGUAUGAAGUCAUAAAACAUGUGUUUUAUUUUUCUUUUUACAAAAUUGACUAGAAUUAUAUAUAAGUAGCAUAUCAGCCAUAAAUACUACAUUGCUGAAACCUGAUCUUAUUUUGAAGUUACAUGAAACUGUUAAAUAAAUGUUUCUUUUGCAAUGUUACCACAGAUACUCAAAAUUGUGGUUAAAUAGUAGUGAUAGAAGGAGUCCAAAAUGUUGUUGGUAUUAUUAUUAUAUAGUUUGUGUUGAAAUUAUUUGUAUUGAUUGAAAACAUUUUGUUUCCUGCAAACAUUGAAUUUAUAUAAUAUUUUUCUGAAACAAAGGGGCAAUAAUAAAUAUUUAGGACACAAAUACAUAUAAAAAAU